AUGGCAGAAGUGAAGCUUUAUGGUAGUUGGUCAAGCCCAUUUUGCCAUAGAAUCGAGGUUGCUUUGAAACUCAAGGGCGUUGAGUAUGAAUUCAUAAGCGAAGAUGUACACAACAAGUCCCCUUUGCUGUUAAAGUACAACCCAGUUCACAAGAAAGUUCCUGUGUUAGUCCACAAUGGCAAGCCAAUUUGUGAGUCUCUGGUGAUUCUUGAAUACAUUGAUGAAACCUGGGAAGAAGGCCCUUCUCUUUUGCCUAAAAAUCCUUAUGAGAGAGCGAUGGUGCGCUUCUGGGCAAAGUUAUUGGAUGAAAAGGUACAGUAUUAA